AUGCUCGACAGGGCAAUUCUCACCGUCCCCACCAGGGCCCUGGGUCCCGACACCCGGCCUGCGCCAGGCUUACCCCUCCGUUGCCGCACCUCCGAAUUUGAGGGCUGCGGGGCAGAAGAAACACUCACCCAGUCGGCUCCCACCCGCACUCCAGCACCUGCUCCUCCACCCGCUCUCCAGCCCGAGACGCACCUGGGCCGCGAGAGGCGAGGGGGACGUGUCCCCAGAGGCUCCGGUCGCUCGAGGUGGCCCAGCUUGGGCUCUCGCGCCGCUGGGUACUCACCUAGGACCGCGGAGGCAGGAGAGCGCGGGCCUGCCCGAGGGAGGCGAGGUGCGGGGCUCCGGGCGUUGGGACGGCUGCCCGGGCGCCACCUCCCCAGUGACCCGCGCGCUGCUCCGCGCAGCUCCGCGAGAGACCGAGGGCGGCGGGUCCGAGUCCCGCCCGCCGGCCGGGGUUAG